AUGCAGCCGCAGCAAAAGCAAUACAAGGACUCGGAGGACUCGGAGGAGGCGGGCUUGAUCGAGACGCCCUCGCCGCCUCCCAGGCCCAGCAGGUUCCGGAGGCUGGGGCCGACGUUUUUGCUCUCGCUGUCGAAUGUCAUCUCGCUGUCGGCGCUGCUGCUUCUGAUCCUCCGCCACGACCAGACUCCAUGUGCCCCAUGUGUGAUGAAUCAGCGUACAAGCUGGACCGCGCCGGAGAUCCCCGUCACCAAGGUCCUCGAGGCAGCAGACAUUUACACGCGACCGCCGGACGAAGAUGAGCUAAAGGCCUGGAGCCACAUCAUGCCGGUGGGUCGCGGGCUCGUCAUGGUCAACAGCAGCGGUCUGCCGCCGCAGCCGGGGCUGGAUCCAAAACUGCCCCGGGGCGCGUCGGGGUGGACGGGGGUUGCGCACCAGCUGCACUGUCUGUACUCCACCAAACACGCGUUUUACGACCUCUACUACAACCGGACCGGCGACAAGACCACCCCCCUCUUUGGCGUCUCGUGGCAGCUCGAGCAUCUCAACCACUGCUGGGACUACGUGCGGCAGACCAUCAUGUGCAACCCGGACCUGACGGUGGAGUGGCGCGGCGCGAUGGAGGGCACGGGGUGGGGGUACGAGCGGCAGUGCAAGAAGUGGGAGCCCAUCUACGACUGGCUGGAGAAGCACCGCAUCACCAACGAUCGCGGGAUUCUGGCCACGGGGUACGAGUCGAAGCCGCUGGACGUCAGCGAGAUCCCGGGGGUUUGGUCCAGUAAAGAUCUCGAGGACAUAGACGUGUAG